AUUUGAUUAUUUGUGUUAUUUCAUUCAAAUUCAACUUCUAGGGUCAACUGAAAUAUAAUGAAUAUUUUCAUUAUUUCAUCACUACAGUUUGUUUCCUUCUAAUAAAUUAGCUGGCUAUUUCUGCAAAUUUUAAUGGUAGUACAUAUAUUGUCAGAUUGUUUUGUUAAAAGGCUUUCUUUCUUAUUCAACUUGAAUUGUCCAUCGAUUUACACCCAUCUAUAUAGGAAGAAGAUUAUACAAAUAAGGUAAAUAUUCACCCUGAUUCUAAUUACCUAAUAAGCAAAGCCUAUGCAUGCUGGAUUUCGAUUGUAUUUUUGGUGACUUUCGUGAUGAUCGUUGCUUUCAGGAAUAGUUCGAACUUGUAUUGCUAGAAGUUUUGAAAUAUGUUAUGGUGUGUUCUACGCUGUCUCUUUAUGUUUUGCAUAUCUGGAAUUUUACACGCUGCUAACUAGUUGGAACUGCUCACUUUUUGUUUUCAACUUGGUGACAAGCCAAGUACUUACUUGAAGAACUGUUAAGAUAAUAUUAAAGAUGAUCUAGUUGUGUUCAUAUGUUAUUAUCUGAGGGGGAAUGCUGGAGAGCGUUUUCCUUUUAAGUAUAUACUUAUAUCAUGAUUAUUUUUACUCAGUGUUAGAUUCUGGUUGUGGUUGAUAUAAACUUAUAAUUGUGAUGCUUUAAUUUUUACAGUUGUUUCUACCAUGGCAAGAAAGAGGAGAACCGAACUUCCUGGUGGUGAGAGCUCGGAGUCUCAGGAAGGUGCAGGGCGUGGUGGUGCUCAGCACCCACCUGCUCAACAACAACCACAGCCACAGCUACAACAGACACAACAGCAAGGGGGAUAUCAAGGUGGGGGAAGAGGCUGGGCACCCCAACGUGGGGCCUACAGUGGCCGUGGCGGUGGCAGAACAGCUCCUCAGCAGUAUUAUGGUGGACCUCCUGAGUAUCAGCAGGGUCAAGGUCGUGGUGGUCAGCAGUAUGGCCGAGGAGGUGCGCCCCGCCGAGGCGCAUUCGUAGGUGGCCGAGAGGCACCUUCUGCUGGUGGUCCAUCUCGUCCACCAGCGCCCGAGCUCCACCAAGCUACUCAAUCACCACAUCAAGCUGUGAUGACUAAGCCUGCUUCUUAUGGGAGGCCUGUUGAGACAUUUCCAGGGGAAAGCUCCUCUACACAGGCACCUGAUCCUCCGCAAGUUUCAGAAGUAACUGAGCAGAUCCAGGAUCUCUCUAUCCAGCAAGAGGUGGCACCCGGUCGAGAUAUGCAACCAGCUUCAAGCAAAUCUCUGAGAUUUCCGUUGAGACCAGGCAAAGGUAACUAUGGGACAAGGUGUGUGGUGAAAGCCAAUCAUUUCUUUGCGGAGCUUCCAGACAAGGAUUUGCAUCAAUAUGACGUCUCAAUAACUCCUGAAGUUACAUCCCGUGGAGUUAAUCGUGCCUUGAUGAAGCAGUUAGUUACCUCAUAUCAGGAAUCACAUCUGGGUCGUAGGCUUCCUGCCUAUGAUGGAAGAAAGAGCCUGUACACUGCUGGACCAUUACCUUUUGUUUCUAAAGAAUUCAAAAUAACACUUCUGGAUGAAGAAGAUGCUCCUGGUGGCACCAGGCGAGAACGAGAAUUCAAGGUGGUCAUCAAGUUUGCUGCGCGAGCUGACUUGCACCAUCUAGGAAUGUUUUUACAGGGUAGACAAGCUGAUGCGCCGCAAGAGGCUCUUCAAGUUUUGGACAUUGUACUUCGUGAACUUCCCACUAGUUCGUAUACCCCGGUUGGACGUUCUUUCUAUGACCCUAGGUUAGGCCAAAGGCAACCUCUGGGUGAAGGACUUGAAAGUUGGCGUGGAUUUUACCAGAGCAUUCGUCCUACUCAGAUGGGCCUAUCACUGAAUAUCGAUAUGUCGUCCACUGCAUUCAUCGAGCCACUCCCAGUUAUCGAUUUUGUUGCGCAGCUUCUGAAUAGGGACGUAUCAGCUAGACCAUUGUCUGAUGCUGACCGUGUCAAGAUCAAGAAAGCCCUUAGAGGAGUAAAGGUGGAGGUUACUCAUCGUGGAAACAUGCGAAGGAAAUACCGUAUCUCUGGUUUGACAUCACAGGCAACUCGUGAGCUAACGUGAGGAUUAAAUUCUUUUUGUUAUUAUAAUAUUAUUACAUUUCUUUUCACUUUUUGAAGAUUGCUGUGCAUUGAGUUCAUUACAUACAUGUUUGUUCUUUAUACUACUAGCAUUCAGUUGACAGAAGCGGCAAUAUUUUGCCUG